AUGCAAUCAAAAAAUAGCAUUACACUCCGGAUUCGAACUGGUGACCAGAAAGGAGCAGCAACUGAUGCUAACGUCUAUGUUAUAUUAUAUGAUACUUCGGAUAACAGCAGUGAGAAGAUCCUUGUGGACAACUUCUGGAAAAAUGAUUUUAAAAUCGGGGCCCUCGACACUUUUGAUAUUCAACUCCCGGAAUCGUUUACAGAAGUGAAAAAAAUUGAACUCUGGACCGAAAAGCCCACAGUCGAAUUAACAUCUUCAACUUGGUUCAUACAAACACUGGAAUUGGUACGUGGGUUUACUAGAAAGAGCGUAACGUUUCCUGUUUUCCGUUGGAUAAGGCCAUCCGUUCAUUAUUCUCUUUAUCCUUGGGAUACAUUCUUACCACAGAAUGAUCCGGAUAAGGAGCAACGGGAAAAUGAAAUCAAGUGCAAACGUGAGAUAUACAAGUUAAAACACCAGAAAGGAUGUCCUAUUAUGUUGGAAAGUUUGCCGGUUGAUGAAGAAUUCUCAGAUUCAUAUAAGAAACUCUUAUUCAUAAGCAAGAUGGAGGUUAAGCUGAAAAAUUGGAUUAGUGGAAUCACAACAGAUUCCUGGCAGAAGCUGGAUGAUCUGACGAAUAUUUACUACAAAGAAGGGAUUACGAAACCAAAGGCUUGUGCAUAUUGGAACCAUGACACGUGGUUUGGAUACCAACGACUUAACGGUUGUAACCCAAAAUCAAUAAAAUUGUGUGAAGAAAUCCCUUCAAAACUUGGAGUGGAUGAAGAGAUGAUUAAACCAAUUCUGGAUGGAGAAACAUUGGAAGAAUUAAUCCAAGAGAAACGACUGUUUUACGCAGACUUAGAAAUUUUGGAAGGCAUUGGUCACAAACGAGGAUUUGACGUCUGUGUUCCCAUUGCGUUGUUUAUGCUGGAUUUCGAAGAUAAUUUGGUACCAAUUGCUAUACAGCUACAACAACGGAAAGGAUCAAAUAAUCCUGUCUUUCUUCCCACUGACAACGCCGGCGUUUGGACUCUUGCUAAAAUGUGGUUUAACAUGGCCGAUUCCACUUGCCAUCAAAUUUCUGCUCAUCUGGGUUUAACUCAUUUAUUGAUGCAAGUGGUUGUUCUUGCCCUUCACAGAAACGUAUCUGUGUCGCAUCCAGUCUACAAGAUUUUGGCACCUCACACACUUUUCCUUUUGGCCAUCAACUUUAAUGCAUUUCAAAGCCUUGUAAGCGCUGGAAGUUUAACCGAAAAGAUAAUGUCAAUUCGAACAGAAGAUAUGUUUAAACUUAUAAAUAAAAGUUUACAGAGAUGGGACUUUCUUAGUGAUGGAAUACCAACGAAAGAGUUUCAAAGCAGGAAAGUUGAUGAUCCGAAAGUUUUACCAAAAUACUACUUCAGAGAUGAUUCACUUGCAUUGUACAACUGUGUAUAUAAGUAUGUAUCCAGCUAUAUAGAUAUCUACUAUGCUAAUGAAGACGAUGUAACUAAUGACUGGGAGAUACAAAACUGGAUAGAAAGUAUGGCCGUAGGACACGAGAAUGGAGGUUUACAGGGUUUACCAAUGAAAGAUGGCAAAGGUCACGUGUCUUCAAAGGAAGAAUUGAAAGAUAUUCUAGCCGUAACCAUUUUCACCUGUAGCGUGACACAUGCCGCUGUUAAUUUCCUGCAGUAUGAAGAAUAUGGUUUCCCUGCAAACUACCCGUCGAUGCUAAGGACAUCGCUGUUAAAAGACAAAGAACCUAAAACGGAGAAGGACGUCAUUGCUGCCUUACCUAACAAAGCAACAACUUUUGAUGUUUUAACAUUGACCCACGUAUUCAGUCAGAAGGGGACUAAUUCCUUGGGUAAUUUUGAAACACAAUAUAUCUACGACCCGAAGGCAGUUGGUUGUGUCAAAGUUUUCCAAUCAGACUUGAAAAGAAUUGGUGACGAAAUCAGAAAAAGAAAUAGGACCUUAGAUAGCCCUUACGAUGUCUUGCAUCCUGCCAAUAUUCCUAAUUCUAUCAGUAUUUGAAUAGAGCGAGAGAGAGAGAGAGAGAGAAACCCUGGCACAUACAAUAUUGCUCAUAUAUACAACCCCCAGCUAGGAGGUAUAACUUGCAGAUUAUAUAAUAUAUUAAUGUUAAAGAAAUUGCAACAUUUUCAUUAUUUAUGGUUUUUACGGUUUUUUUCCGAACUUACGAUGGCACAAUCGAAAUAUAUUUGUUUAUUUCAUGCAUUUAUAUCUACGCUUGCUUUAAUUUUAUUAUUCAAUAUUGCCAUGCUCCAGUAUGGCUACAGAAUCUGCCUGGAAACGAUAAGAGAAUUAUAGAAUCUACCGAUAUGUCUUUUACGUUUCUUCACUUACAGUUUUUCUAGCGCCACUUUUAAUGGUUUGGUGUUACUCUCUUGAAGAAUUUUCCCGGAGAUCUAAUGAGGUGCUUCGAUCUUUUGGCUGAUAUUUCUUUUAGGUCUUUGCCAAUUGAAUAAUCCAAGUAUUCUUUUCUACUCUUGGCACAAGGCCCGACAUUUUUGGGGAGGGAGUCAGUCGAUUAGCUCGACCCCAGUAUGCAACUGAUACUUAAUUUAUCGAUGUAGGAAUCCAAGUAUUACUUUAGAACUGUCCUUGUUGUUGUCUGCUAUGAAUGAUACAAAGGAUUUCAAGUAUGGAAACCGACAUAUCUGUAUUCCCUACUCCACCUUCCACUCGCCUAUCGCGACCGAGUGUACUCACCCAAACACCGACCCACGCAUCCGCUCUAAUCUCCGGUUCAUUUCACUGCAUGCACCGCUCUGUAACGUGGGUAUACCGCCGCCACCACCCCUGUCGUAUCUUCACCAUCCUCCCACCUCUCCCUUUUCCUCCACUCUGUCUUCACCGUCUUCCUUUUCUAUUGGACUUCACUCUAUUUCUGAAGAAGAGCUUUGCUCGAAACGUAAAACCACUUUUCCUUCCUUCCCUGAGCGUCUGCUAAUACUUUACAUGUACCACGUCCUCGCCUUGUUGGUGUUUUGUGUGUUUUUUUUGGGUAUUCUUCACUUUUUGGAUUUACUAUUUUAUAUAUAUAUAUAUACUUGUUACACCGUGGAAGUUAGCGAACUGGUUAUCUUCUGUUUCUACCUUUCCUUUUUACGUGCUUUAUAUAUAUAUAUAUAUAUAUAUAUAUAUAUAUAUAUAUCUUGGGGUUCAAGGGCCUCAAACUAUUUUACGCCUUGCCAAGACAUCUGGAGUAAGGUUUGAUGUUUUAAAGGAACAACUUGAUCGCCUGGUAUCCAAGGACCCCGAUGAAUCUAUUUCACAGCAAGAAACUCAAAAGAGGGCAGCUGUAUCGAACUCGGUCCUUCACCAAAGCCAGUCACGUAAGGCUGGACAUUGAGAAGAUAAUUACGUUGUCGAUGCACCUGCAUGACCACAUGCUUAGGGCUGAAACGUAUAAAAGAAUAAAAGAAUAUAUAUAGUAAGCUCUUGUAGUCAUAUUACACAUCUGUGUAUUAUUAUCAAAUAAAACUGUUUUUGUUUUUACGUCUC